GAAAAUCGUCGAUUUUAUCAAAAUUGUAUUCAUACAGAGUAUGACUAUUUUUACUCGCGUAUUAAUCACGCACUGACUAUGCAAACAGGCUGAAUCAUAUUCCCACGGACGCUUAUGACAAUUGUGGACAGUUUUGAACCUAUUUCUACAUUUAUGUUGUUUUUACAGAUUAAUUAGCCUGGAUUAAGUGAUAAUGAAAGCAAAUCUCAUAUUAGUAGUUUUUAUACAAUCUGUAUACUUAUGUUUAACAGAUGCUCAAAAUAUUAUUAUAGAAGGUGAUAACCCAUUGGUAGCAAGUGGAGGUGAAAAUAAAGUGAUAAUGUGUAAGGUUGUCUCCGGCAUUGCUAACGGAGAAAAUCCUGACCUGAAAUGGUACGACAACAGAGGAGACUUAGUCCCCUCUGGUGGCAGAGUUUUUGUUAUUGGUAACUCUGCAACGGACUUAAUGUUACUGUUGAAUAAUGUCCAGGAAGAUGACGCUGGUAGCUAUAACUGUACAGGAUUUAUAAAUGGCCAACUGCAGUCUGCUCAUGUCGUAGUGAAAACCAAAAUGCCUUUGGUUAUAACAGAGGAACAAGCUCCAAGAACUCAGCUGUUUCCUGAAGGAGGGUCUGCUCGCAUUAAAUGUGCACCACAAGGACAAGUUACUGUUAGCUGGAUGGAUCGCAAUAAUGUUAAAAUAGAAGCAUCCCAUGACAGAUAUGUGAUUAGCCCUGGUUAUCUUGAGAUUCCAAAUAUCAACAGAACAGAUGAUGGAACAUAUAAAUGUGCAGUGAUUGGAGUUGGCAACUUCAUGAUGGUGUCAAUAGUUGUUACAGUAACAGUACCACCAGAGAUAGUUAAACCACCAACAGCUCAGAGUGUUUCAGUGGGAGAGGCUGCAAGAUUUGAGUGUGUCGCUACUGCCAAACCAGCACCUAAAUAUUAUUGGUAUUUUAAUAGCAUAACACUUGAGUUAACUGGAGAACGCUACAAUUUAUCAAGAGAUAACGGAGUAUUGAUUAUAAAAAAAGUCAUUAAAGAUGAUGCUGGGACUUACAAGUGUGUUGCUCGAAGUACUGACAAGUCUGAUGAAAAGGAUGCAGCCCUCACUGUUUUAGUUCCACCACAAAUUAACAAGUUGGACAAUGCAACAGGGGAUGAAGGUACUUCUGCAACAAUUAAAUGUACAGCAUAUGGAGAACCAAUUCCAAAGAUCACUUGGAUGAAAGAGGGCACCUCAGUAGAAAUUACUGAUGGUUCACAAAUUGACAACUCAGACAUUGUUGCAUCUCAAGUGACUAGAGACGAUCGUAUGGAAGUUGAAGGAAGUUUACAGAUUAGCAACUUGAAGUCCAGUGAUGCUGGGUUUUAUAUAUGCAAAGCAACAAAUGAAGCCAAAUCAGUAGAAAAGUCUGGUUAUUUAAGCGUUCAAUACAAACCUAACUUCUCAAAAGUAAUGAAAGAUGUUAUGUACAGUUGGGGUGGACAAAGCACAAAUAUUAAGUGUAUUGCUACUGGUGUCCCUAAUGCAGCCAUAACAUGGAUGAAUAAGGAGGGACAGACAAUUAAUGCAGGGGAUCAGUACUACUCUCUUAGAUCUGUUACAAUUGGGGAAGAUACAGAAAGCACUUUAACAGUCAGUGUAGAUUUCUCAAAUGAAGGAAUUGUGUUUGGAACUUACACUUGCAAAGCUGGAAAUGCCAUUGGAGAAAGUACAAAAAAUUUCACUUUACAGAGAGCAGAUCCACCACCAAGUCCUAGCGCACAGUUGAAGGAAGUAACUCCAAUAUCUAUCACUUUUGAUGUAAACAUUCCAAAAACCUUUAAUGGGCCACCUGUGCAGGAGAUAGAAGUUCAGUAUUCAAAUGCCCAACCUAAGAAAGUGAGAGUUGGUACUAUGGAUUCAAAGAUCGAAAUUGUAUUGGAUAGUCUUACACCUGCUACUUCUUACAAUGUAAAAGUGUACGCUAGGAAUGAAGUUGGACUUAGUCCAGAAUACAGUUUGCCUUCCAAAACUCCUGCAGCAAGAAAGCCUUAUCCAAUCGUUGUGAGUUCUAAACCAUAUGGUGACUACCCCCUCAAAUUCGAUUUACAGUGGAAUACGCCGAAUAAUGGGGGAUAUCCCAUCUCAAGUGUCUAUGUCAAAUAUGCUCAGGUGGAAGUAUUUCCAAACAAGUCUGCCAGCGGUGAAUUCCAGAAAAAGCAGUUGUUGUCAGGAUGGAUAGGACCCAUUAAAGUCGAUGGAGCAGCAACAGCAUACCAAAUAAAUAGUUUGAGACCAUCCACCUAUUACGAAGUUGAAGUGACAGCGGUUAACAACAAAGGGACUUCAGAUGCAAGGUCAUUUAUCUUUGUUACUAGAAAAGAGGGUAAAGGGUUACAAAAGCCUGACCAACCAACAACAGAAGCACCAGUAGAAGAAAUAACUCCAAAACCAAGCAAAAAAUCCCAAGACACUAACUCUUCUGCCGACCAAGUCCCACUUGGAAUCGUGAUUGCAAUCAUCAUUAUCGUAGUUAUCAUCUUGUUUAUUGUGAUUGAUGUCACAUGCUACUACAAGAGGAAGUGUGGGGUUUUCAUGUGUAUCAAAGAGAGGGUUGGCAGGACUGGUUCCAUGGAAACCAGGAGUAAAGAGAAGAUAAUUGAGGAAGGAGAUGCUGAUGGGAAAACUGUAAAAUUACAAGAACAGAACAAAAAUGGAGUUAAAUUACAAGACCUGAAAAAGGAAGAAAAGUCCAAAAGUACACCUGAUGAAAGUCAGGAAAAGAAAAAGGAGGAACCAGUCAGUGUAAAUAAGGAAGCUGAAAAGAAUAAUGGAGUGAAGAAAAAUGGUAGUGCAACAUGCAAUUUGUCUUCUGAACCAAAAAUUGAGUCAUCGGAGAAACCUCUUGGUGACAAACCAGAGAAAGAGAGAUCAGAUGUGAACAAACAAUCAGCUGUUUCUAAGCCAGAACUACCAAAAGAUCAGACACAAAAUAACAAAAUAAAAUUAGAUCAAACUGAAAAUGGUGUUAAAAGUUCAGAUAUCACUACUCAGUCAAAGACAACCAAUCAGAAGCCAGAAAACAGCAAACAGGAAAUAAGCAAGGGACCAGUCAUUUCAACAGUAAUAAAUGGUAAGCCAAAAGAUAAAUCAGACCAAAAACCAGUUGAACCAAAAGAACAGAAACCAGUUGAUUCAAAACCACAGAAACCGGUUGAAACAACACAUCAGAAACCAGUUAAAACAACACAACAGAAACCAGUUGAUCCAAAGCUGAAGAAAUCAAUUGAACCAAAGCAACAGAAACCAGUUGAACAAAAACAGCAGAAACCAGUUGAAUUAAAACAACAUAAACCAGUUGAACCAAAAGAGCAGAAACCAAUUGAACCGAAGCAACCUAAUCAAGAUGAACCAAAGGAAACUGUUGAAAAGAAAAAGACAGUCAAAAAGCAGUUAGACUUCAAGAAUGAUGAGGAAAAGAAGGUACCUUUACUGGCUGAUAACAAAGACACUGAAGGUUCUGAUGCUGACCAGGAAAUAGGAGAAACUGCUCCAGCAAGUGACGAGAAAGAACCAGAAGAUAAAGAAGAAAAACCUAUUACACCAGUAAAAGAAGUUGAGGAGGCAGAAGAAGCCAAACCAGAAGACCAAGAUAAAGCAGCCUCACCUAAAGAAGAAACAAAGGAUGUGACAGAUGGAAGCAAAGAAUAAAGGGAAGAAAUGGAAUUGAAUGUUUACUUUGACAAUUUCCAUAAAAACAUUUAUAUAGAAAAAUGGAGUGAGUGAUUAAGUAAAGAACACAGAAAUUUAGAGACAGAAAGAAAAAAAACCAAUAUACAUGUUACAUGAAGUGUAUACCUGUUAAGGUGUUUGUGUUUUCCUUAAAUUUUGAUACAAUAAUGGAAUUGUUUUUAUUUUCAAACUUGUAGGUGUAUUUGAUAAUAAUUUUCAAUGUUUUUGCCUUUUUGGAACUUUCCAAAGUAUAUUGCUUGUUGCAGAAUAAGUAAUUUUUCUUAAAUGAUAGAUGAUUAUUUUUUUAAAUCUAAUUAAAAGUAAUAAAAUUUGAAGCAUUUAAAAUUAACUUUACUAUAAAAUUAUAACAGUCAAGGGAUGUUUUUCCAUUCUUCUCUUUUUUUAGUUAGAAUGCAAAUAUUUUUUUAUUGAACAAAAUUAUUAAGCAUAUCUGCAUUUGAGCAUGGGCAUUUUGAGAGAUGAAGAAAGGUUAACAAGCAUAUCGAAAUAGGGAAACACUCCAUGUUUCAGAAGAAAGAGCUGUAGAGAUAGACUUCCACUUGUAGUUAUUUAUUAUUAGCUUGAAUUCAGCAACAUGAAUAGGCUAAACAAAUGUUUUGAUCUUCGUAUUUUAACAUAACACAGGUUUUAAUACUGGUAUUUUUAUUACUGAUAUUAAUUUAAAAAAAUGUAAUGAUAUGUUCAGUUAUAACUUAGUUAAACUUGUAUAUUUUUUUUAGAUUUACCAAAAAUAGUUAUAAAGUUAGUAGGAAUAUUUCGUUAGUAGGUCAAAUUUUUUUGUAUAUAUUUGUUAUAUUUUUUUAACCUCAGGAUCUUAACUAUUCAAUUCAAUAUUCAGGUGUUCACCAUUUCAAAUGUUUCUUUUAGAAUAGUCAUCUAGUACUGUAAAUACACUCUGGGAUAGUUUAAAAGAUUUAUUUGUAAAAUUCUACAAGUGCUGAAAGUUUCUGUUAUACCCUUUUAUUUGUGAUUGACUUUUUUAAAGCAAUGUGGUAGAAAAUUUAACCUAAGAAAGAUGUGAUUUUAUUCAAAAAUUAGAAAACUAUUCAUAAAACAACAUUCCAAACAUUGAAAACAUUUGAAAGUUUUCUUCUUAAUGGAUUAACAAAGGGGUAUUAAUACACGGCCUCCUUUUAGUCUCAUAAGAAAUAAAGGGAGAGAAUUUGAAUUAUCUCCCCUUAGUUUUGAAGUUGGGGAAGAUAGCUACAUAUGUAUUUCAUGCCAAUUUGGAUUGAAAAGUUUGAAAGUUCUGAGAAACCUGUGUUUAUUGUGUAAACCAUUUAUUUAGUUUAUUACUAUGACAUGAUGUAUAUAAAUGUUUUGAGUGACAAACUUUAAACAAUUUUUCCUCUUAAAUAAGCUAUUAAAAUUUCAUCUGUCUAAAGAAAAUAUUGUUCUUCAUUAUAGAAAUAUUUUGUCUAUUUAUUAAAUCUAUUCAAUGUUGAAGUCAAAUUGUUCUGGUGAAGCAAAUUUGAUUUUCGUUUGCUGAAUCUUAAAUCACUUCAGAAACAAUUUCAAUAGAUUUGAACAGUAGAAAAACAAAAUGGAUAUAGUUUAAAGAUUUUCUCAAAAUAAUUUUUAAUCAGUUAAUAACUAGCAUGUAGGAUUUGUUGUAAUAUUAGGGACCAAGUUCCUGUGUUGUAAGUUAAGGCUUAUCUGUAGAACAAUGUUGUCCUGUUUUAAUAUGUGUGUGUAAUCAUAUGCACAUUAUUUAUUACAAAUACUACAUCAUUAAAUUAUGACAUCAUCUCAUGUAUUUAUCAGUUAAAGACUCAUGUGCUCAUAAUGUUAAGUUUCUUUUUUGUAAAUGGUAUGAUUGUAGUUGAUACAUUUGAUGUAUAUUUCUGUUGUCAUGAAUGUUAAAAGAUGAUUGUCCAAAAGUUCUUUUUAUUCUGGCAUUGCAAUAUUACUUGCUUUUUGACAUUUGAAAAUCUUUCUGUAGCUAUUUUCACAAGAAAAUAGAAAAUCUUGUUGUAGAAAAUGCUCCAUAUUUUAUGAAGAAAUCGGUAGAUCUUGCAAUAUUUUUUGGUGUGAGUUUGAAAUAAGCUACAGAAGGUUUUAGAUAUGAAUAUAUUUAUGUAUUAUUCAUCAAUAUAUCAUAUUUCAUCUUUUAAUUGCUGUAUCUCUGAGAUUUUUUUCUUAAAAAGGAUGAAAUUCAUUGAAACUAACACAAAGUAUUGUUUCGAGAAGACAAGUUCAAUAUCAUUUAUAAAAAUAUUCAAAUAUAAAAAUCAUUGAAAUUUACAUUAUGUAAGUUCAAAAAUUGUUGAUAUAAAUUAAAUAUACAAUGUACAUGUAGUUCCAGCUUUAAUAUUGUAAAAUAAGAUUCAUAAAAUAUUCAUAUAGCGUUGUUAUCCUGUAAUAGUUUUAAAAACAGGGUAAUAUAUUUAUAGUUGCUGACCGCUGACCACUGACCAGUUUCUAUCAUUAUCAAGCAUUAACAGUUUUAGUUUAUUUUAUAGCAUUGUUUAUUACUUUAUAUACAUUUAUACCUCAUAUUCGAAACAUAUUAUAUAACAAGUCACAACAUAGUUAUCAAUAAAAUUAGUAAAUGGCAAAAGAGAAAAAAGGCAAGGCUUUAAUCUUUGACAAAACUGCCAGCAUGCCAUAAAAAGCUUUGUUAAGAAUAAUUACUGUAAACUUAAUUAUUUUUGCGUCCAUUUAUUUUCGUUACCUUUGGUAGCAGAGAAAUGACGCAAAUAUGAAUGAUCACUUAUAUUUAAAAUUUGGAUCAAGAAAUUUUUGAAUGAAGUAAAAGAUUUGUUGUUAUUCGGUUAAAAGGCACUUACUGUAAAGUUUAUCCAUGAAAAUACGUUGGUUUGCAGUAUAUUAACAGGCCAGUAAAGUAUUAGAUAUAUACUUGUAUUAUUCACUCUGGUAAAGUCAUUUUGGAAACAUGAAAGUACAAAAAUGUAUCAUAAUGUCUAGUAGAGUCAUAAUCAUACUAGAUAGCAAGCAUGACCAGUAGGUAGAUAUGUAUAAGCUAUGGAUUUUGAAGGAUUUUUUUUUCAAGAUUCAGUAGGAUUAUUUACAAAGUAGAUUAUUCUAGUUGGAUAUUUCAUAGUUAAAAGUAUAACAACAUUUAUAAACUAUAGAGUAUGCUUCAUAGAGUAUGUAAUCUAGAUUGUUUUCGAAAUAUUUUCUAGAGUUGAUCAAUUUAAGAAUAACAGAAAGAUUUUAUUGAUAACUAAAUGUGACUGUUUAUUAUGCUUUUGUAAUAUACUCAUGCACUUAUUGAUAAGGUUUUUUUCUUCAUGUAUAUAUGUUAAAUGUUAAUUAAAAAAGCUUUGAAUAUUAGCAUAUGUAAUAUUAAUGAAAGCUUUAUGAAAUUUUACGUUUAAACUCAUUUUUAUGAGGACAGUGAUCAUAAGUUGAUCUCUGAUAAUAGCCAUAACCUUGAUCUUCUGUGCAUUUAUUUUUAUGUAGAACAAUACACUUAUAUAAGAAAUUUCUCACCAAUUACUAAUCAGAGGUAUCUAGUUUUGAGUAUCUUCCAAAUUGUGCCAUAAUUUUUUACUGCAGAAUUUUUUUAACUUUAAGAUAGAGAUUUGUUGUUGUUAUUUGUAUUUUCCUUAUGGUAAUUUUUAUACGGUAGACCAUGUGAAAAUUCAGCACAGCACAGCAAUCCUUCAUACUGAAUUCAAAUUUACACAGAUGAUUUUACUUACAGCUCACAAGAUUGUUUUUUUUCUUCCUCUUAACAAAUAAACAGAAAGUUCACAUGAAAAUUUGUUUAGCUCAAAAAAGUUUAAAUGACAAAAAGAAAUAUGUCACCCAUGAAAUCCAUCAUAAAAUAAUUUCUGCUGUUACUUAACUGGCCUGAUUAUGUGUUGAAUUUCGGAUGUUUAUAUUUAGACUUUGAUAUUAUUGAAUAAAAAGUAAUUUUCUUUUUAUUAUGACAAUCUGUACUUAGGUUACUAAAAAUAUCAGGGGAGAUAAUUUCCUGACUCUUAUAAUAAUAGGAAAUUGUUAAUAGCAAAAUUUUAAACUUAUAUUUGAUUUUGUUAGCUACAAACUUCCUUAUCACUGAAUUAUCUCCCUUGAAAUACUCUGCUCAAACAUUUGAUUAUGCAUAUUUAUCUGUAUAGAUCAGAUUUUGUUAACAAUAUUUUAUUUUGAAAAUAUUGACGUAAACAAACGUUACAAUUUGAGUUCUAUAGGUCAGUUAAUAAAUUACAAGAUCCAACUUUAAAUAACAAAAAUACAGUAUUAAUCAUUAGUUGCUGUUUCAGCUUGCAAUAUAUGUUAUAUUAAAAACAAUUUGUUGGCUAUGUGAUGAUCCAAAAUUGGUUGUGACACAUUUUUUUGUAGAUAGCCCCCACCUACCCUUAAAUACAGUAUGUGUCCAUAAUUUAGUGGUCAAUCCACAAAUUUUCAUAUAUUUCAUACAAAACCACAAUUUUUAAAAGCUUUCUCAGAAAUGUUUGUCUGAUUUUUAUGAAAUUUUAACCUAUGCAUAAAUAUAUAAAUCUGUAGUGUUGUGUUUAGUAUUUAUUAACUAUCAAGACGAAAUAAGAAAUCAAAACUUAUUUUUUAACAUUCACAUAUAAAUGAGGUAAUAGUAAUUCAAAUAAGAUAAUUAUACAAGGUUAAUAAUAUCAAAUAUUGAAAUAGAACCUUAAAAAGAGAUGAAACAAAAUGAUAAAUGUAAUUAAUUUUGGAUUCAUUAAUUUUCAUGGGAACGACUUUUGUGGUUUAAUAAAAUACUUGAAUAAUAACACCUAAUUAAAAAUGCAUUUGUUGAAUACUUGAAUUAGUGGUUUACAUCUAUCCACACACAAAUCCACAAAAAUCAUAUACCAUAAAUGAUAAUGAAUUCACAGUACAUGCUUAGUCAUUUUAUGAGUAAAUUUAUUAGAUAUUUGGUAAAGAAAUCAUAUUAAAAAAAAUCUUGAAUGAUAACACCCGGUUACAAAAAAAUCUGUCAUGCUUUUUUAUCAGCGAUUAAUAAAAUGUUUUGUGUUUCAAUCAUAUAAUCUGAAUUUAACAUGCAAGUUAAAACUUAGAAUAAUCGCUUUAUAGUGCUUUUGAAUAAUUGAUUUAAAUUGUGCUUUUGACUGAUGAAAUUAAGACUGCUUUUGAAUAAUUACACAAAUAGUGCUUUUGAAUGAUGAAAUUAAUAGUGCUUUUGAAUAAUUACAUAAAUAGUGCUUUUGGCUGAUGAAAUUGAUAGUGCUUUUGAGUAAUUACAUAAAUAGUGCUUUUGACUGAUAAAAUUAAUAGUGCUUUUGAAUAAUUACAUAAAUAGUGCUUUUGACUGAUAAAGUAAAUAAUGCUUUUGGGUGGUUAAAUACAUAAUGCUUUUGAUUAAUUAAAUCAAUAGUGCUCAAUGAAAACAGAAGUAGUGCUUUGUCUGGUUAUAUAAAUAGUGCUACAAAUAAAUGUGCAAAAUGUAUUUGUGUUUAAUAGUGCUUUUAACCUAUUGCUUUUAAUAGUGCAUUUAAAUAGUAGUUAUAAAGAAUUGCUUUAAAUAGAGCUUUUCAAUUAUUAAUUGUGCUAAGUUGUAAUAUUAUAGCUAAAAUUUCAUAAAAAAAACAAAAUCUUAAAAAUAUUGUGGUUUUGUAUGAAAUUUAAUGGGAUUCUGGUUUUAGUACUAAAUUAGAGCUUCAAACUGUCCCAUUAUAAUUCAGUUCAAACAUUCCGUGUUUUUGGUAAAAUAAAAGCAGUUUAAGAUUUUCCCCAAUUCCCUGUUUAUCUUGGAUCCUACACAGCUUACAGCUUUCCAUAAAAAUUCAGAGCUUGCAAGUAUAACUUUAAGAGAUUUUACAAAAGCUUAUCUAGAAAUUGUCUGGAUUGAAAACUGCAGUAUUUUGCAGAAUAUUUUUUGUUUUUUU